UCAGAGCACCCCAAGAUCUGGCUCCCUCGGGCCCUGAGGCAGACCUACAUCCGGAAGGUUGGAGACACAGUAAACCUACUAAUCCCAUUCCAGGGCAAACCCAGACCUCAGGCCACCUGGACCCACGAUGGCAGCGCCUUAGACCUCAGCCGCGUGAGCGUGCGGAAUGGAGAGCAGGACUCCAUCCUCUUCAUCCGCCAAGCCCAGCGCGCCGACUCUGGGCGCUACCAGCUCCGAGUGCAGCUGGGCGGGCUGGAGGCCACAGCCACCAUCGACAUCCUGGUCAUUGAGAGGCCAGGACCCCCUCAGAGCAUCAAACUGGUGGACGUCUGGGGCUGCAACGCCACCCUAGAGUGGACACCCCCCCAAGACACGGGCAACGUGGCACUUCUAGGGUACACCGUGCAGAAGGCUGACACAAAAUCUGGGCUGUGGUUCACAGUGCUGGAGUGCCACCAUCGCACCAGCUGCAUAGUCUCUGGGCUCGUCGUGGGCAACUCCUACGCGUUCCGGGUCUUCGCGAAGAAUCAGUGUGGGCUCAGCGAGACUGCCCCCGUCACAGCUGAGCUGGCCCACAUCCAAAAAGCAGUCACAGUCCACAAGACCAAAGGGUUUGACCAACGGGACUUCUCGGAGGCUCCCAGGUUCACGCAGCCACUGGCUGACUGCACCACCGUCACUGGCUAUGACACCCAGCUCUUCUGCUGCGUCCGUGCCUCUCCCAGGCCCAAGAUCAUCUGGCUGAAGAACAAGAUUGAUAUCCAAGGUAACCCCAAGUACAGAGCUCUUACUCAACUGGGAAUCUGCUCCCUAGAAAUCCGCAAACCUGGGCCCUUUGAUGGGGGAAUCUAUACCUGCAAGGCCGUUAACCACCUGGGGGAGGCAUCUGUGGACUGUCGAGUGGAUGUGAAAGCUCCUCACUGAGACGCCUGAAAAGAAUGUGGGUCAUCCAAUAAAGGAAGCCAGAUCAUGCACUUAAGGAGCUUCAGUACAGCGUCUGACUUGGACUAGUCUAAAUAAAUGUGUGGAACUUCAGUGCAUAAUUAUUCAUCUUUUGAGCCUUU